AUGACAAACACAACAGACUGCAAGCACCCGAUGGCGGAGCACGCCACCGACCAGAUUUUUUUGGCUCGAAGGGAUUCGCUGGUGGUCACCCACCCAACUACUAACCUCCCGGCGUGUGGCUUAAGUACGGCUGAGCGGACGGGAAGCCCUGUUUUCCACACCCUGUGGUCUUCCAAGUCAUAUGUUCAUAAGCAUAAGCUCUUGUUAAUGAUUGAUGGAACUUCACUUGAAUUAGUGGCUGCUAGAGGACUAAUCUACGCCGUGAAAGUGCUAUCAACUGCGUUGUUUCACUUGGGUCUUGGUAUUCGGAAAAAGGCUAAUUCUAGAUUACCCACCCUCAUCGAUUUUGACUUUGAAAAUAUUUUAGAAAGUUUAUACAAUGGAAAUUGUGAUCGGAAGUCUCUAAUUUUCGUAUUCAGUCUCUAUGCUAAAAAGUCUCCUGAUACUCAAUGUUCCACAUGA